AACAUGAUUUUUGAACAGCUGUGCGAUUCGGUCGAGUCCCAAAGAAGGAGAAGGCUCGAAUCAUUGAACAAAUGCAGAAGAACACGAUGCACUCCCAGACCAGUCAGAUGAUGACGAUGUUUCAGAACAGCCGCGACCUGAUUCAGGCCAUCGUCAGCGCCCACCACGUCACGUGUGUCUUCACCCUCAACAACGUACGCCAGAUGAGAGAGGAAGCCAUCAAGAACAAUAACUUUGUCAACUGCCCCGCUCAAAUGGCCUGCCCCCUGAAUGGUAACGUGACGCAGUCGGGGGAGGACCCCCAGGGAUGGUCAGACAUGUCCGAGUUCUUCACCCCUGCCAUCAAGUCAGUGGUGGACUUUGCUAAGGCUAUCCCUGGCUUCUGCCUUCUCAGUCAAGACGAUCAAGUUACACUGUUAAAGGCAGCUACAUUUGAGGUUCUGUUGGUACGCAUGGCCAGCCUAUUUGAUCCUGAAUCCAACACAAUGAUGUUCACCUGCGGCAAAAUGUUCAAAAGAGAGAUCUCCCAGGUGUCAAGCAGUGCUGGGUUUUUGCUAGAUUCCAUGUUUGACUUUGCCGAUCGGUUUAACAAACUGAAUCUGACCGAUGAAGAAAUCGCCAUUUUCUCUGCCAUUGUCCUACUGUCUCCAGAUCGUCCAGGGUUAAGAAAUGUUGAGCAUUUGGAAAGCUUCCAGAUGAAGUUAACUGAGUGUCUUCAGACGAUGAUCGCAGCCAAUCACAAGGAAGAUAACACACUGUUUGCCAAACUCCUGAUGAAAACAACAGAUCUGAGAACCUUAAAUACUCUGCACUCGGAAAAGUCUAUCGGUCAAAAUGAAAAGAAUGGCAUGGAGAAGACUUCGGAGCACACUAUUGGAACCAUGGAUGGUCACGACCAAGUGGAUUCAUCGAUUUCUGAAGGAUCAACGGUAUCGGAUAACUCCUCCAUACCUACUAGUUUGUCGGGGGCCACUGGAUACGAUUCAGGCAUCUUUGAUGGAAUACCCAUAGUUCCACAGCGCCACUCCCUGGAAACAACACACCCCCAUCUGCUUCUGAAAACACCAUAUGGAACAUUUUACCGUGAGGACUCCCUUGGUUACUAUGGUUUUGUCACAGAUCAGCCAAUCAGAAGAUGUCACACUUUGGAGCGGGACACCCUUUCCCGACCACGUUUGCACACCAUAGAGGAACGCAGACGUUACACAAUGGACAAAGACUACAUGGAUAGGAAGAUCAAUAAUCUUGGUGAGAGAUUCCAAAUGGAGAAGGGGGCAUUACGUGGGAAUAGCAUGCCACCCUCACUGGCAGGUAGUGCUGCAUCGAGCCCUGUACCCCCACAUUUCUUUCUGGAGACCAGGAGUCCAGAGCUCAAACCUGGUUCAUUAGAAUCUCAUAGUGCAGGCAACAGCUUAAGAGGAAGCCCCAUGUUCAGUUCUGACAAUUUUAUUCCCAUUCCAUCAACUUCUCCAAAACCAGGAUCCCCCAACUUCAGAUCUCGCUCUGGAUCCAUGGGCAUGGAUGAUCAUUCUCAAUUGCGUCCAAGGUGUUACAGUUUCCACAUGAACAGUGAGGGGAAGGCCUCACGCGAUCCGAGCCGGGAGGCGUUUCAGGAGAGUUACACAAUGUCGCCGGAAAUGAGGAGAGGAAGUGUGGGAGCUGUGUAUGGACUCCACCACAAGAAGAAGUCCUUGCUGGUGGAUCGUCACCCCCGAUAUCUGUCACGUCUCUCUGACUCCAUUGUGAAGAGGGUAGACAAGAUUAAAAGCCAGGAGACAAAGAAAGUGCCGGAUACUUAUGAGAAUCUUCCAGCAGUUCAGCUCCCUGUUCAGCCAGAACAAGUCACCUGGCUCCCUCCCUCUACAUCUAGUCCAGUAUCUGCUGCUGCAGGAGCUCCCCCUCCUCCCAGCAACCAGAAAAAUCCAGAUCCAGCCAAAUCAGACCAGCCGCUUGGUUCUCCUGUCGCUAUGGAUACAGAUGAGGACCAGACAAGUGUGGAAAGUCAGGAAUCAAGUUCUGUCUUCCACAAAAAGUUUGACAAAAUGAGGAAACAUUUGAUUUCAACAGAAAAUGAAGCCGAGAGGAAGUCCAAGGCUGAGGACGAGGAUGUUAUGAUAGAUGAGGAUACCAGCGUGUCCUCCCAGGAUAAUGUUAUCAAUGAAAGAAAUGAUGAAUCCCAGUCUAUGGAUGACAUACCAAAUAAGGACCUUGAGAAAUUGAAGAUUAAUGACGAUACAAAAGAGAAGAAGACAAAAUCGGCUGUGGAGAGUCACCCACAGCUUCUGGCUCACUUAAAUUCUAGCACUCCAAAUCUGCAAAUGGGCUUCUUGAAGCUUCCAUUGCAAGUGUCUCCCAAACAGACAACGACAGCUUCGUCACCUCAAGUUUUGCUGAAUAUUCCCAAGUACAGCGGCAGACCCUCUUCUGUGGCCAAGGAAUUGCCCACACUGGCUUCUCAGUUAAACAGUACUCCCCUCAGCAGUACGUCUUCUUUUACACGGUUCGUGGAACAAGGCAACAGGAGAGACAACAUGCACUCAGAGACUAUGAGCCACUUAAAGGACAAGCUCAUGCGUAAAUAUGACAGCAUGGAAAAUUUGGACAAAGUCCCAUCCCAUCAGUCCCAGCCUAACAGUGAAAAUGACAAGCACCCAAAGAUCUCAUCAGCCUCCAACCCAAAUAUUCCUGCCGGACUUUAUCCAACAAACAUGUGUUCUGAGGGUGUCAGAGGCAUGUUCCCUCAAUCAGGCAUGCCCAUGCACCCUGCCUUCUUAGGAUCGGGGGGAUCAGGAUUUGUUCCCAGGAUGUACAUGGUGCCUGGUUAUAACCAACACCUGGCGGGAAUGCAGCAGCUGGCACAGAUUUAUGCUAAAAAUGUGGAUCAGGAGAGGAGAAAGGACCAGAGUGAGAUUCAGAUUCAGGUGGACAAUGAAGGCGAAGGGAAACCUCACGACGGAAACUCCAACCUUGACCUGACCUUAGAACAGAGAAUUAAAACGGAAAUGAAUUAAACCCAGCUAGGUUGUUUACAAAAAAUGGAAAAUCUGCUUGCCAUUCAAAAAGCCACUUCUGCUUCAUCAUCAUCAAUCUAUAUAGUAGGAAGAUCUUUUCUGUGUUUUUUUGUGAUUCAACAAUCAUCGAAGUGCUAACUGGUACCCAUCUUCAGGGAUCAACUGGUAUCCAUCCCUCCCAUAGACUCAGCAGUGCUGAACACUCUGUGUAACAUAGAUAGUGACUGUGUAUAUAUGUGUAUAUAUUUAGAAUCCGUGAGAAUGCUAUAUUUUUGGAGAUUUGUUAUUCGGAUGAUGGUUAGAGCUGGUCCUCUUAUUCUGUUGUCAAACCUUGUGUACCGUUAUAGUAGAUGCCAUGAAAGCUCCCCCCCUCAUUUUGUCAUUUAAUUUCCCCUGAUCUCUCUGAGAUAAUCUAUCUCACAUUAUUUAAAAAAAUGUGAAAGUUAGUAUUAUCGGGUGUCUGUUCUUGCAGUUCGGAAUGUCAUUUUGUGAAAAACUGGUCUAUUGGAAUGACAUACAAGACUUCGUUUAUGAUAGGUUUGUACAGAUGUAUUUUGAAGGAGAAGAGGCAAAUCUUUAUAAAUUCUUUUUUUCCCAAUUCUAUUCUGUAUUUUAGAAUCUGUAUAGAUGUACAUAAACUGUAUGUAAACAAAUUUUUCUUUAUGAGUGGAAUACAUCCUGAAUGUUCAUGGCUUUUUUUGGAGGGCAUAGUCACUACUUCUUAUUAAAUCGAUGUCGGUAUUAUGAAUUUGUUGUCCAACCACCAACUUCUGCUCAAAUAUGUUGGAAAAGUUUUGCACAUUUUGUUGAAUGAAAUAGAAUAUGUACUUACUGUGUAUUUCAUUUAACAAGAGAACAUGUAUUUUUUUCGCUCUCUUUGCCCUCUUCCAUUUUUCUCUUUAACAACUGAAGAACUGCAGAUGCAAAUUGAGUAAGAAUUGCUUUCAGUAACUGAAUGCUUUUGUAGAUAUUUUGAUUACCCAUAAACAUAAGGUAUUGCAAUGUCUGGGUGUGACUGUCAGAAAUGAUAUUUUGAAUUUCAAAUGUCAUUUCAUUGUGUUAAUGUUUCUGUGCUGUAAUUGUCGAUUUUCAUCGAAAUGCUUUCACUGUUGUUGCUCUUUCACAACUAACAGAGUGGUUAGAAUUUGGUUGCUUGGUAACUGUGAAAAUUAAUAACUGAUGAACUUUUUCAGCAAGUCAUCUAUAUCACGGAAAUGUUAAUGUUGCUGACAUUUUUUAUAGCCAAAUCAUCUCCCAAUUAUGCUACAGAACUCUUUUUUUCUAAGUUUUUUUAUCUAUACUGGUCAAAGACCAGAAGACCUUUAUGCAUUGGAAAGGUGUAGAUCAUCCAUCAGUCUGUCUGUCUUUCGAUCUAUUCAUCUUCAUUUUUUUUUUCAAAAUACUUGUACUUCUCCCAGAGUUUUGGUCCAAGUAUAACCUAAUUCUGAAUGUUUUUUUUUGAUUUUGACAGGGUUGUCAUGAGUACUUGAAAUACAUAUUUCUUUGAAUUUUUUUUUUUUCAAAAAAAAAACCCAAAACACUAUUCCUCCUACAGUUAUGGUUCAAUUUCAGUGUAACUUGGCACACAAGUAGACUGUACCAAGAUAUAUAACCUCUGCGGGUUUUUUGAUUUGAUUGACAAAAAAUGUUGCCAUGGUUACUUAAAAUAGAGAAAUUUCUUUGUAAACUUUAAAUGGAAUGCUAUACUCCUCCUACAUUUUUAGUCUGAUUAGACUUUUUACACAAGUUUUCUAUACUUAUAUAUUGGGAUACAUUUUUAUAAGAUGUAUACAACAGUAGAGCUACAGUCAUGUCGAGCCUUUUUUUUUUUUUUUUUUUUUUUUUUUUUUUAUAGUUUACAGAUAACAGGAAGCAUAAUUGUGAAGCAUGAAAUCUGAUUUGCACAGCAAAUUUACUUUCGCUUUGAUAAUUCUUAGAAAAAGAGGAAUUGAUACAUGUGUACAUAUUUUUGUUUAAAACAUGAACAGAAUUAAUAUAUAGCCCUUUUGUGUACAGUUUAUGGUACAUAUAUUACAUAUUUGAUAAUUUAUUUGUGAACUGAUUGAGAGAUAUAUGUGCCCUUGCCAUAAAUGUACUAUUUUUAUUAUAUACAUAUAUAUAGAUUAUAUACAUUCUGUGUUGUCCGUGUACAUAUCUCAUUAGGUAAUUGUAUAGAACUUCUUUUUGUGUCCUGUAAAUUCAAUGUAACAUAUUGACCCUGCAUGGUGAAACAGUGAGAUUCAUUUAGAAGCUGCAGUAUGCUGUAGUUUUUCAUUAUUACGUAGGGUUGGGGGUGUUGGUUUUUUCAGUAGUACAGAAAUUUAUUAUGUUGAGAUUUUAUGAAAACAAUUUCCAUUCUAUCAAAUUAUCAAUAUUUUAUUGAAUGUCAUUAUUUAGCUCUUCUUAAACAGGUUGAAUUGUGCUCAUUCGAUAACCAGGCAUUGUGGUUAAUGUUCUAGGAACAAGAUGUGUCCAUUCCCAAGAAACUGUAGGCCACUGCCUCCUCUGACCAACCUUGCAUGGAUAUAUAAAUUAUAAUUAUUUAGACAGAGGGAAGCAAACUACUAAAACUACUGGAGUGGCCUUAGAUACUGAGUCUGAAUUAAAUGUUAUGGACAAGUGACAAGGUUCAACUUUCUGAUACAUGUUUUUUUUUCGUAAUAAAUUUUAAAUUUUACCAAGACGGAGCUUGCAUGGAUAUUGCAUCUAGAAAUGAAGUUUUAAAUACAUAAACUUUCAUUUUGUAUGAAACUUUCCCUAACAUAGAAAUAACAUUCAUUUAGGUGGGCUCUAUAAUUUUUAAUUACCUAUUUUCAAUCUGUUGAACACAAGUUCAUUUUUCGAUUAUAAGCAAGAGGAGUCAUUUAUUUGUAUAACAUGAAGCUCUGCAAAUACAACUCGCUAACCUUUCAACAUUUAAACCAAAUGAAAAUUUUUUAAAUCCUCAAAAUCUGUAAAUAUUUUUUAUUUUGUCCAAAUAAUUGUACCGUCUUGUGAAUUUUUCUUCAAUUUAGUGUAGUUUAGAUUGUAAAUAGUGGUGUUAUUUGUCGUAUAGAUGUAUUUGUACAAUCUUUUCCAAAAGAUAUUCAAAAUAAGAAUAGGAAUUUAUAGAGCAUCAAACAUCUAUAAUAUUCAGAGAUUGAUAAAGCUAACUCAACAAAAAAGUGCAAUAGUUUAAAAAAAAAAAUAUUUCUGAUCAGACAUUUGUACCAAAGGAGUUUGCAAAAUCUUUUGAGAUAAAUUCUGGUAAAAUUGCUCUACUUUUUAAUGCUUUUUUUCAGUAGGUGUAUUAGUUAUAAAAAUGGCAUUGUAAAAGAUAUGACAUUUAUUUGUGUGAAUAGGAAAACUAGGGAUGAAUUUUCAUAGAGUGUACAUAUAUAUAUUACACAACCAUAUAAUUCUUUAAUCUCAUUGAAUUAUGUAAAAGGUUGUAGAAUGAUAUCAAGAGAAAUCAUGAAAUUAAAUUUAUUUAUUGAUGAUAUUUAUGAAUACAUUAUAAAGUGCUACAAAAUGUAACUUAAAUUAUUGCAUGCAAUUGCCUGCAUUUUAAAGUACAAUUUGUUAUUUAUGAAAGCUAAGUUACAUAUGUUGGAUAAAAAUUUGAAAAAUAUAGAUGAAAUUAUGUGCCUAUGUACAUGUACUUGAAUAAUCAAUACAGCUAUUAGAUAAUCUUUUUUUAGUAUGUUGAGAUAUCAUACAAAAAUCACAAAAUUUGCUUACCUACUUUAGCAUAAAUCACAGAUAAUUAUUAUUAUGUUGAAAAAUCAUACAUAAAUGUAAAUUUUUUUUUAAAUGUAAUCUAGCAUAUAUUGCAGAUAAAUUGUGAUGCAGAUUCAAAAAUUGGUUAGUGCUUGGUAUUUAUUAAGUGAAACAGUUAUUGUUCUUCAUUGCUACAAGUGAUUAAGUCUGAGAGAGAGAGCUUAAAAGUUAAUUAUACAUAGUUUUAAUUAAUGAUUUUGCUGAACCAAAUGGUCUUGUUAAUUUAUUUACUCUCUUGCUUUUAUAUAUUUUAUUGGCUUGACUAUAAUUUUUCACUUCAUGAAAGAGAUUUGCAAUUGUUGCAUAUAAAAAUCUUUAUUAAAAAGUCUCGAUUUAAAGUGUUUAUCAUGUGAAGGAAUGAUAUUUUAUUUUGCAAUAGUUUUGUCUUGACAACACAAUGACUGAAAAUGAAAGUAUUGAGUAGUUAUAGUUGAUAUGUUUUGUUUUUGAAUCUUCAUUUUCUCACUCUAAGCUCAUACUACAUUUGUUGCUAUGUAGGGUGUAGUAUUUUGUCUGUUUAAAUAAAGUUCAGAAAUAA